AUGGGACAUCACCACGAGAAUCAUCCGGUGUACAACCACCGUGAGGCGCUGCUGAUUCAGCGGCGUAUAGUGAGCUUCCUCCUGGUGUUCUCCGUCAUGGCCGUUGCUUUCGUUAUCUUAAUCGCAUCUGUGCAGACAAGAGAAGCGAGUUGCCAGACGCGAGCCGAGGUCGCUAUUUACAGCAUGGCUGCACGACCAACUGAGGACAAUGACACCCUCAUUUCCUCGAUCAUUGUCGCACUUAAAGAAAGGGGCGUUCAGUUGGAGUUGGCGGAUGAGGAUGAUGAAGUGUAUGCGACGCGGCAGAUCGACGUGCUCGACACAGCCGAGAGGACGCUGUGGGCCUCCGGCUUCCGCCUCUUGCGCUGGACGGGGGCGAACAAUGUGUUGUGGCAGUUGCGAUUCCUCGACCAAAGCCUGUGCCAGACAGGCCGGGGGAUCUCCAUGGAGGCCCUGCCCAAUGUUGACUACGAGAAGGUGACGCACAAGGUGAGGUCGGUUGGCGGUAAUAACGGCAACCGGGCGUUUCUGUACGAGGUUAACGUGAUGACAAAGGACAAGAAGAGAAUCACGACAUUCCCACAACUGCAGUCCCUGUUCCCCGGGUUCAACGCUCAGGUGGCGUCCCCGCGCAUGGUGGUGACGAGGUCGUUCCGCCGCCUCCGUAACUUUGCCGCCGACUUGUACCACGGCGAGACUAUGAUGGACAUCGAGCUGCGAGUGGAGAUGUGGGGGCGACCGGACGGGAACGCUCUUUUCUGGCGUGUUCAGCUGUUGUCAAGGAAUAUUUUAGCCGAGAUUAAUCUGAAGGAGAUUUAUAAUGUACUAGCGGAGGUUCUACAGAGCAGGAAUAUCAUGUGUGAUAGGGAAGGCUGCGGGAAUGCAUACGAUGACGCAUUCCUCCAGUAG